CAUCAUUAAUCUAACGACGACGACAACAACAACAUUUGAUCGUAAGAAGAGUGAUUCCAGUAAGAGAGAUGGCUUCGAAUCAGCAAGACCUGAGCAGGCAAGAACUCGACGCCAGGGCCAAGCAGGGUGAGACCGUCGUCCCUGGUGGCACUGGCGGCAAAAGCCUCGAAGCCCAAGAGCACCUCGCUGAAGGGAGGAGCCGAGGAGGGCAGACGAGGAAGGAGCAGCUGGGCAAAGGAGGGUAUCAGGAAAUGGGGCGCAAGGGUGGGUUGAGCACCAGCGAGGAGUCUUCGGAGGAGCGUGCACAGCGCGAGGGCAUCCCCAUCGACGAGUCCAAGUUCAGGACUAAAAGCUAAGCCACCUUAGAACGUCGUCGUUUCGUUUUGUUUCUAUAUAUAUACGAUCAAUAUGCAUG